AUGGCCAUGGUGUGGUUGAAGCCGCAGGACACCGCCUCCGCCUUCCAGGCAUGCUGGCUCAGCCGCCUGCCCCCAUCAAACACGAAUUCCACCGGCCAGGGCCGCUCCCUGUCGCCGCAGUCGGGCCCAUGCCCCAGCUGCCCGCCGUCCGCCGCCCCCUCCUCCUGCCAGCUGUAG